AUGCUCAGAAAGCUCCACUCCAUCCUUCACUCCGGCCCGCACAGGAAGGCAGAGGUGGCGGAGAGCCCUUACUACCACGGCCCCAGCCCCGCCGUCAGGCUGAUCCGCAGCAGCUCCGUGUACGUGGUCGGGGACCACGGCGAGAAGUUCAGCGAGUCCUUAAAGAAAUACCGGAGCGCCGGCAGCAUGGACCCCAGCCUGUACUACCUGCAACAGGAGGGGGACCGCGCGUGGAUGCUCUCGCGCACCCAGGACUGCCUGCAGUACUUACAGGAGCUGCUGGCCUUGCGCAAGAAGUACCUUAGCAGCCUCAACGACCUGAAGCCCAGCCGCGCCCCGGGCGUCUCCUCCACCUCCUCCAAAUCCUCCAGGGGCGUAAAGAAGUCUGCUGCCAAAGAAAUGAAGAAACCCACCCCCAAGAAGUACUCCCAGUUCAGUGCGGACGUGGCGGAGGCCAUCGCCUUCUUUGACUCCAUCAUCGCAGAGCUGGAUACGGAGAAGCGGCCGCGGGCUGCGGAGGUGGACCUGCAGAAUGAAGAUGUGGACUUCGAUGUGGCCACCAGCUCCCGAGAGCAUAGUCUGCACUCUAACUGGAUCCUCAGGGCGCCCCGACGGCGCUCCGAGGACGUCGCGGGGCACACGACAGCCGGCCAGUUCCGGAGGAGCACGGAGCGCCGGACCAUCGGCACGCAGAGGAGACUCGAGAGGCACCCCAUUUACUUGCCCAAAGCUGUGGAAGGGGCCUUCAGCACUUUGAAAUUUAAGCCCAAAGCCUGCAAAAAAGACCUCGGGAGCUCCAGACAGAUCCUCUUCAACUUCUCGGGAGAAGAUACGGACUGGGACUCGGAGCUCUUUGCGCCGGAGCCCCCGGUGUCCCUGGGGGAGGACUACUAUGAGACGGAGAACCCCCGAGGGCAGUGGCUGCUUCGGGAGCAACUCUGGGAGCGGACAGUGCCCUGA